AUGUCUUCCAUUAAGGGUCCCGGAGCUGCCCAGAGCCAUGACGGCUCUGGACUGCGUGUCGCCAUUAUUCAUGCGCGAUGGAAUGCAACCAUUAUUGAUCAGCUCGUAGCUGGAGCCAAGAAGAGUUUGCUGGCUGGCGGCGUGACCGAGGAUAACAUCACCGUUCAGACCGUUCCCGGUAGCUACGAAUUGCCUCUGGGUGUGCAACGGUUGUACGCCGCCUCCCAGGUUCAAGCGAGCUCCUCCGGCGAGGGCAUCAGUGCCACUGACCUCUUGUCAGCCUCCACCUCUGAUUUGAACAAAUCAGCCACCACUUCGCCCAAGAAACCCUUUGAUGCAAUCAUCGCGAUUGGUGUCCUGAUUAAAGGCGCUACCAUGCAUUUUGAAUACAUUGCAGAUGCCGUCAGCCACGGACUGAUGCGAGUCCAACUGGAUUCCGGCAUCCCGGUCAUCUUCGGUCUGUUGACUGUUCUAACCGAGGAGCAAGGCUUGGAACGAGCAGGCUUGGGCAAGAGUGGGAUGCAUAACCACGGUGAGGAUUGGGGCAGUGCCGCUGUUGAGCUGGGCGUAAAGAGACGUGACUGGUCGGAGGGCAAGAUUGUGUAA